AGUCGACCAUUUCUCCUUUGCACACCACAGCAGCAAAGAUGGCCCUCCGCGCUGCCCAGUCCGCUAAGGCCGGUGUCCGUGCCGCCCGGCCCAACCGUGCCACCGCCGUGGUGUGCAAGGCGCAGAAGGUCGGCCAGGCCGCCGCUGCCGCUGCUCUGGCCACCGCCAUGGUUGCCGGGUCGGCCAACGCCCUGACCUUCGACGAGAUUCAGGGCCUGACCUACCUGCAGGUCAAGGGCUCCGGCAUUGCCAACACCUGCCCCGUGCUGGAGAGCGGCACCACCAACCUGAAGGAGCUGAAGGCCGGCUCCUACAAGCUGGAGAACUUCUGCAUUGAGCCCACCUCUUUCACCGUGAAGGAGGAGAGCCAGUUCAAGGGUGGCGAGACUGAGUUUGUCAAGACCAAGCUCAUGACCCGCCUGACCUACACCCUGGACGCCAUGUCCGGCUCGUUCAAGGUCGGCUCUGACGGCUCCGCUGAGCUGAAGGAGGAUGACGGCAUUGACUACGCCGCCACCACCGUCCAGCUGCCCGGUGGCGAGCGCGUGGCUUUCCUGUUCACCAUCAAGCAGUUCGAUGGCAAGGGCACCCUGGACAACAUCAAGGGUGACUUCCUGGUGCCCUCGUACCGCGGCUCGUCCUUCCUGGACCCCAAGGGCCGCGGUGGCUCGACCGGCUACGACAACGCCGUGGCUCUGCCCGCCCGCGCUGAUGCCGAGGAGCUGCUGAAGGAGAACGUGAAGAUCACCAAGGCCCUGAAGGGCUCUGCCGUGUUCUCCGUUGCCAAGGUGGACCCCGUGACCGGCGAGAUCGCUGGUGUGUUCGAGUCCAUCCAGCCCUCGGACACUGACCUGGGCGCCAAGCCCCCCAAGGACAUCAAGGUCACCGGCCUGUGGUACGCCCAGCUGAAGUAAGCGCUUUCGCCCCCCGAAGAUAAACACUUCUGGAGGAGGAGGACGCUACUGCUUAGCAUGGUCGACCGCUGCGAGGAGGAGACGUGAGCCAGGAUGCUGGAGGAGCUCUAGCGGGUGUACAUCGUAGGUGCUGCUUCCGGGAUUGGAAGGGUAGGCAAAGCAGUGCUGCGGGCGGGCAGACGGCGUGUCAAAACGCUCGCCUGUGUGCGGUGCAGUGCUGGAGCGUUUUUGUUGAGGACGCUCAAACUCGGGUGGAUUCAGAGGUCGGGGCGCGGAGGUUGCGUGGUUGAUCGAGCGGGGGCCAAACGUUGCCGCUGCCGCACGCCUGCCGUAUGCGCGCCCGGCAACAGCCGUGGUGCUGUCGGAGCGCGAGUGCCGGUUUUGGAGGUCUAGGAGUGCUAGGUUGGUGCGAGCGCCGUGUCAUCCGGCUUUUCGAGAAGAAAGAUACAGUGUGCCCAAAAGUGUGUGAUUAUUGUGUUUCAUAGUGGCUCUCGAAACAAGGCCGCUUUCCCAGUGUAGCCUGACACUUCGGAGCCCUAUUUCCCCGACUCGCUUCUCGUCGUGCAUGCGCUUUGCUGGCAGUAGUGGCAGCACCGCUGCUCUCAGUCAAUAACAGGCUGGCAAAGGCCCUGUGCACAGAUUAGUCAUGAGGCGUGUUUGCGGCGGCGUGUAACACCCAAGAUGA